AUGCCGGGCUUCGACUUCUCCAACUUCAACCGCAACUCGGCUCUUCACGCCAGGGGUGUUCCCCUUCCUAAGGCAACCAGCACUGGUACAACAAUUGUUGGAUGUGUUUAUGACAAUGGCGUUGUGAUUGCAGCAGAUACCCGAGCCACCAGCGGUCCCAUAGUAGCAGACAAGAACUGCGAGAAGCUCCACUACAUCGCCCCGAAGAUCUGGUGUGCUGGUGCCGGUACCGCCGCUGAUACCGAAUUCACAACCGCCCUCAUCAGCUCCAAUGUCGAGCUGCACUCUCUAUCCACGGGCCGCGACCCGCGCGUGAUCACUUGCAUGACGAUGCUGAAGCAACACCUCUUCCGAUACCAGGGUCACAUCGGUGCGUACCUAGUGGUUGCGGGCGUGGACCCGACUGGCGUUGGUCUCUACACCGUUCACGCCCACGGAUCGACGGAUAAGCUCCCCUAUGUGACAAUGGGAUCCGGUUCGUUAGCAGCCAUGUCAGUAUUCGAGUCGAUGUGGCAGCCGGAUCUGGACAAGCAGGCUGCUAUCACUCUCUGCGCUGAAGCUAUCAAGGCCGGUAUCUUCAACGAUCUGGGAUCCGGUAGCAAUGUCGACGUCUGCGUUAUCGAGAAGGAUAAGCCUACCAAGUUGAUGCGCAACUACGAGAAGCCCAAUGAGCGUGGAACCAAGGAGCGCAACUACCGUUUCCCUCGUGGUACCACUGCUUGGUUGAACCAGAAGAUCAUCAGCAAGGAGGAUAUGAAGAAAUAUGUCACCAUCGAGACCUUGUCUGGAGAUGACAAUCUGGCUGAGAAGAUGGAGGUGGAUUCUUAG